UCCUUCCUCCCUCUCCCAGGCCCGAGCCAUGGCAACGGCAUGACGUGGGGUACCGUGAGCUGAGGGAGCAGCGGUCCCGGCUUCAGUUGUAGCCUACCCGGCAGCCUGGACAGGAGCAAGGCGAGAGGUGCUGCAGCCUCCCGCCGCCCCUGAGCUGGGGGGCCCCGAACCAGCCCGGCGGGUGCCUACUACCGCUCCUCCUUUGGAGUGAGGAGGGCGCAGCCGGUGUCAGAAAGGCGCAGGCAGGGUCGCGCGCAUGGCCUGGGCGGGCGCGCGGCGGGUCCCGACUGGGACGCGCGCGGCGGCCAAGCGCUACUGCUGCCGGCUCUCGCUCCGCCCGGGCGCGCGCCCGGCCCCGCCCCCAGGCCCUUCGCCGCCGCCGCGACCAAUGAGGUUUCUGACCUCCUGCAGCCUCCUCUUGCCUCGGGCUGCCCAGAUCUUGACGGCUGAGGCUGCCUUACCUUCCAGCCGUUCCUUCAUGGGAUUUGCUGCCCCCUUCACCAACAAGCGAAAGGCUUACUCGGAGCGUAGAAUCAUGGGGUAUUCAAUGCAGGAGAUGUAUGAGGUGGUGUCCAAUGUCCAGGAGUAUCGCGAGUUUGUGCCCUGGUGUAAGAAGUCUCUGGUGGUAUCCAGCCGUAAGGGUCACUUGAAAGCCCAGCUGGAGGUUGGCUUUCCACCUGUCGUGGAACGUUACACCUCUGCAGUUUCCAUGGUCAAACCUCACAUGGUCAAGGCUGUUUGUACUGAUGGCAAGCUCUUCAACCACUUAGAGACCAUUUGGCGAUUCAGCCCUGGUAUUCCUGCCUAUCCCCGAACCUGCACUGUGGACUUUUCAAUUUCCUUUGAAUUUCGUUCUCUGCUGCACUCCCAGCUGGCCACCAUGUUUUUUGAUGAGGUUGUCAAACAGAAUGUUGCUGCCUUUGAGCGUCGGGCAGCCACCAAGUUUGGUCCAGAAACAGCCAUCCCCCGUGAACUAAUGUUCCAUGAGGUGCACCAGACUUGAGGAUAAAAGACAACCUGCCUCCAGCCUGAAAUACAUAAAGCCUCAUUUUAAGACUGUAAGUCCAUGCUGCCUGGCUACUAGAGAGCAAGGGGCUUUCUUACCAUCAGUGCCGAGGAGAAAAGUGCUAAACGGGGUUGUCUUUGUACUCUCAAGUUGUACCUUAUUCUUCCACUUGGCCUGAAUUUUUAUAAAAUUUCAAUAAAUUGUGACAGUGUGAAA